GGCUCCCCGAUAAGCUCGGCCGCGCUAUCGGCGGGCAUUUCCUUGAUGGAAAGAUUUGCGCUUUGUUGCCUUCACCACAAGAGGUUUGCUCUUGUUGCCUGUGGAUGAGAAGGAAUUCCAUGCAGCAUGUUUUCUGGGUGGAACUGGGUGGCCUAUGGACUCUAUCUGCUGCUGAAUAUUUGUUCUCUUGAAGCUUCAGGUGGACUUGUGCAGUCAUGUGGUCACAUCAUCCCGGAAUCUCCUGUAUUGGCCCUUGGUUCCAAUUUCACAGCAUUAUGCAUUCUGAAUGAGAGUUGUCUUGACUUUGGCAACAUCUAUGCUAGUCAAAUUAUCUGGAAAAUUAAAAAUAGAGUGGUGCCUAAAGAACAAUAUCGUGAAAUAAACAGAACAGUUUCCAGUGUCACAUUUAAUGACACUUCUUCACUAGCUACUCCUCUGACAUGCAACAUUUUAGCAGAUGGACAGAUCGAACAGAACAUUUAUGGAAUUACAGUUACAGUAGGCUUGCCCCCAGAGAAGCCCAAGAACUUAAGUUGCAUUGUGCAUCAGGUGUCAAAACUCACAAAUCCUAUGACUUGUACCUGGAACCCUGGAAGGCAUACAUUCCUGGAUACUCAGUUCAGAUUAAGAUACAGAUGGCCACGAGAGAAUUUUCCCGACUGUAUACCGAAAGAUGUAAACAAUUCUUGUACAAUUCCUGAUGUUCAGUUCUUUGUUAACCUGGAGAUCUGGGUAGAAGCAGCAAAUGCUCUUGGGAAGGCUGAAUCUGAUCCCCUUGUUCUUGAUCCCAUUGAUAUUGUUCAACCACUGCCUCCACACAAUAUAACAGUCAACUCAGGAAUACUGCCAACUGUCCUGAAGCUUUCCUGGGAGAAUCGUAUUUCAUCUGCUGUGAUGAAGCUGAAAUUCAAUAUUCGCUAUAGGAUCGCUGGUGACACAAACUGGAUGGAGAUUCCUUCUGAAGAUACAGCUUCCCCAAGAACUUCAUUCAGUGUUCAAGGGCUCCAGCCCUUCACAGAGUAUGUCUUUUCCAUUCGUUGCAUGAAGGAAGAUGGAGUGGGCUACUGGAGUGACUGGAGUGAAGAAAAGACUGGAAUCACUACUGAAGAUAAACCAUCUAAAGGACCACCCAUAUGGAGGAUCAUUGAUGCAUCUCACUCACCGGCUUCCUGGACUGUGCAUCUGAUGUGGAAGGCAUUGAAGCCUCCUGAAGCCAAUGGAGUAAUCUUGCAGUAUGAACUGACUGUCAGAGAUAAAUCAUCUCUCUCCAGUCCACUGAAGAAAUUCAAUGUUACCAGCACCAACCUUACGUUACAGCUGCCAAAUGGAACUUAUGAAGUGACUGUGAUUGCCCGUAACAGAGUUGGGGCAUCUCCUCCAUCAGUUUUACUUAUCCCAGCAAGUAAUUCAAAAGCUCCUGUGAAGAACCUUAGAACAUUGCCUAAAUAUGACAAGUUGUGGGUAGGGUGGACUGCUCCUAACAGUUAUGUUCUUAAAUAUGUGAUUGAAUGGUGUCUGGUGUCCAGCCGCUCAGACUGCAUCAUAGAAUGGCAGAUUGCUCAAGGAGAUGUUCAAGGAAUAGACUUAAAAGGUAUAAAGCCGUUCAAGUGUUACUUGAUAACUGUGUACCCUCUAUAUGCUGAUGGUCAGGGAAGUGGACAGUCUGUGAAGGCUUAUCUGAAGCAAGAUCGUCCUUCAAAAGGACCUACUGUUCAGACAAAAAAAGUAGGAAAAGCUGAAGCUGUUUUGACAUGGAGCCAUCUCCCAGUGGAUGAACAAAAUGGAUUUAUCAGAAAUUACACCAUACUUUACAAAACUAUUGAUGGAAAUGAAACAGUUGUGACAGUGGAUCCUUCCAAAACAGAGUAUACCCUUUCCUCUCUAACCAGUGACACACUGUAUACUGUGCGGAUGAUGGCAUCCACAGAUAAUGGAAGCAGGAGUGGUCCUGAUUUCACAUUUACUACACAAAAAUUUGGGAAAGGAGAAAUAGAAGCCAUAGUUGUACCUGUGUGUCUAGCAUUCCUGCUGAUUGUGCUCCUUGCAGUUCUGUUUUGCUUCAACAAACGUGACUUAAUUAAAAAGCAUAUCUGGCCUAUAGUACCUGAUCCAUCCAAGAGUAACAUUGCUCAGUGGUCUCCUCAAGUUCCAGCUAAGCAUAACUUUAGUUCCAAAGAUCAGAUGUACCCAGAAGGCAGCUUUACAGAUGUAAGCGUCGUAGAAAUAGAAGCUGAUGACAAGAAGUCUUUUUCAGAACAAGAUUUAAAACCCUUUGACUUACUUAAAAAAGAAAAAAGUACUUCAGAAGGGCACAGCAGUGGUAUUGGAGGAUCCUCCUGUAUGUCUUCUCCUAGGCAAAGCGUCUCUGACAGCGAUGAUGGUGAAACGGCACAAAACACUUCAAGCACUGUACAGUAUUCGACUGUAGUUCUUAAUGGCUACAGAGAUCAAACUCCUGUACAAGUCUUUUCAAGGUCUGAGUCAACUCAGCCACUGCUUGAUUCAGAAGAGAGGUCAGAGGAUCGCGCUGGAGGAGAUGACAGUCCAGCACAGAGGCAGCAGUAUUUCAGACAAAAUGGUGGUCAGGAUGAAACCAACAGAGACAGACCAUGCUUUGACAGAACAAAGCAAAUUACUCAUGCUAAUGAGGGGGAUCUUGUUGGAUUUGUACAACUGCAGAUCUCAGGUCAGAGUUCACAGCCAUUGGGCCUUGGGAUGGAAAAAAAUAACCAGGAAGCUGCUCUAUCAAAUGUUUUUCAGGCAAGUACUGAAGGACAAACUGUGAGACCUGAAACAGUGGAAGAAAAUCCCCUGUCAAUUGAUGAAAUGCCAAAAAGUUACCUUCCACAGACUGUGAGACAAGGGGGCUAUAUGCCUCAGUGAGAGAAGAGACUGGCUCUGUUUAGGCCUUCAUUAGUGCCUGUUCACAUUUUCCCCUGUGUUUCUGAUAAAUUAAGCUAGGUAUUUUUAUCUGAAUGCAGAUAGAAAUAUUGAAAUUAAGAUUAAUUUGACAAAGUACAAUAAGGACUGUGUUUUUGUGGAAAAUUUGCAGUCCAGACCUACUGGAGACUUACUUUUAUGCACUACAUAAAAUCUUAUUUCUAGAUAGCUGAACAAGCCUUUGUGCUAUACUGGGGGUUUUGUGUCUUUUCAUACCAGAAUUUCACAUGAAUGAAAAGGGCAAGUUUUAAUUAAUCACAUCAGCCAAUAGAAGAAGUACUUCACCUCCUAGAAGAAGUACUUUGAUUUGUGACAGUGCACAAGCCUAAAAAGCCAACUCUAGUUGUGCAGAGCACCUUUGUGCACCAGUAAGACCUAAGCUUAGUAUUCUGACAUGGAAUACUUGUGUCAUAUACUUUUCAAUAACUUGUUUGACUUACUGAAUUUUGACUUGGCCCAGUGCCUUAAUUUUCAGCUUACCAGACAUUCAAAUCAUGUUCAUCCCUGUUUAAAAAUUAUAAAAAUUAAAUAUAACUUGUGGUGUGCAAAGAGGAAAACAACAAGAUUGCUUGAAUCUGAAUGCUACUACUAUUAACUGAUAUUUUAUCUACAUUUAGAUGUGUAUACAAAUUAACUAUAUAAUAAUUUGGCCUAAAAAAUGUGCCUUGCAACUUGAUGCAUGGCAAUUCAGUCUCAUGUUCAGAAAUUUAAAAAUCAGGUGACAACACCGAUUAACAGUUACUUAAAUCAUUUUGUAUCCCAAUCACUGUCUGAUUCUACAAUAUCUCUUUCAUCAUGUCUUUGUUUAAUAAAUGCACCUUUGCUGUAUACAGCUUGAGAGGCAAGUAACAAGCUUUUACCAUUUUUCUAAUACCUCAGGAGAAAGGGAAUAUGACCUUUUUCCUGAUUGACUACAACUAUUAGUGUGCUGUAGCCUCACUGCUAAUACUGCGGGACCUUCUUGAAACUGAAGGCAGCCAAAGCAUUAAAAUCAUUGACUCUUUUGAAACUAAAACCAAAACCUGAUUUUGAGCUUUGGUAGAAUGUAUCUAUUAGCAAUCACAAGCCACAAAUAACACUUAGGGGGUUGUUAAAAUUCCUUACUUUUUUCUUAAUGUCUCACUUUUUUGCUGCUCAAAUGGUUUUCAGUUUUUGAAAAAGCUGCAUUUCUUGCAAACUGUCUUCACCAGUAUAAAGAAAAAUUAAAUUACGUGACAAUAAACCCCUUUUCCAGUGAUAAUCAGAAAUUGUAUGGCACUCCUGAAGAUUUUUUUGAAUUAUUUUUAAGCCUAACUUAGACUAGUCAGCUUUCUAAUCUGACACUAAUAAAACUGUAUUCCAAAACACUAAAUGCUGUGUUGUGAGAAUAAAACAAAUGUUUUAUUUCUCCUUCAGCAAAAGAACCAUAUAUUUAAGACCACCUGAAACCUUUUGUGCUGUGACCUCUGGUACUGCUGUUCUGCAGAGCACUUGCUAAAGGCCCUGGAAAGGCAUGUGUCAGUAUCAUUUCAUCUUCUCUUGUUCUUGUCUGACAGCUUGCAUGGAAGGGUGGGUGUACAUAUAAAUGUCCAUGUGUCUUUUGCUUCUGUUACAAAGAAAUUCAGUGCAAGAGUAAAUUCAUAAGAUUAUCUCUUUAAGACUGGUAUAUUUAAAACAGAUAAAGAAUACAGAACCUUUAACGUUUCAGUAUUCCACAGUUCCUUUCUCCUGACAGUAUUUUUCUGUAUCUGGGCACUUUUUUUUAAACUAAAAGGCUAUGUUGCAGCUUACUGUAAUUAUACCUUUCAUCAGAAUAGUCCCCUUCCUUUUCACCCCACUGCACCUCAGCACCUUCAAACUCCCUCACAAAGGGCAAAGGUAUAAUGAAAACUCUGCUGUCAUGAGGCAGCAGAGACCAUCCUCCAUUUUUUAAGAGGUUUAAGGAGCAUUUCUUUGUCAGAACAUGUUCCUCUUGGAAAGAAAUACCAGUUACUUUAGUGGGGGAUGGGUUGUCUUUUCUAUGCAAACUUUACAGUGACUGUAGAAACCACAGGUAAAAGGGAAAGUCUCUGUUGAGCAGUGUGUGUGCUUAUUAGAACUGCCCAGGAGCCACAGCCAUUUAAUCCAUCUUCUCAUUUCUGAAAUAUUGUAGGCCACAACCUGGCUGUGUUGCCUAAACAUUGCUUCAAAGGUCUGAAUGUUUUCAAAAACGUGCUCAUGAUUUUUUUAAUUGUUUUUGUGAUCCAAGGAUGCUAGAUUUUGAUAGCAUUUGUUAUUUGAGGGAGAAUGUCAGUUAUUCCUUAAGUUGCUAGUUGCCUUUCUGUUAAAGGGGAAGGCAUUUUAUCCUCAGUUGCUGUUAAUUGUGGACCAUUGCUAAUGUUAGAGCAUCAAGAGAUUCUCAUUUUUAAAAGUCUGUGCUAACAAGAGUUCUGGCCUGUCAGUUCUAGUAUUUUUCUUUGAUGUUUGUGGGCCAGUGGUAAUAAACUAAGAAUUGUGCAGGAGUGGAUCCUAGAGAGAGUUCUGGCUGGCAGUUAUAUGCUCUGACUUGAGCUUGUGCAUUUAUCUAGGGCUAAAAUACUAAAGACUAAGCAGGAGAUCCUGGUGAGUGAACAGCUUUGAGAAGCCACAAUACAUAUAAAUAACAGGUUUACAGCUAGUUCAUAAACCUAUGUGCCAAAUAUAUCACGCAAUGUUCAGGGUUUAACUUGAUUUUGUACUUCAGACUGUAAAAAUCUAAUUGUAUCAAAGAAUUGGAUACAGAUUUUUAAGAAUAUCUGUAGCAUAACUAUAGCAAUCAACUGAAAUUUUCUGAAACUUGGGCCUAACAUAGUAAUUAAAAAGUUUUCUCCUCCUCUGACUAACGGCUGCGGUGUACUUUACACAAUAAAGGCAUUAUUAAAGUAAAAAUCACACUUCAGUGUAGACACUUUUAUCCAUCUUGACAUGCAGGCUGGCUAAGGCUCCCCUGUUUACAAGGGAGUAAGUAGUUCUGUUGUGGUGGUUCUUUUAGACCAGAAGGUGAUUGGUGUUGUUUCUGGACCGUGUUGGUCCACUUUCAGGGCAGUUGGUCUAGAAAUAUCCACUCCCACUGUAGUGAAAGUCUUGGGAGUGUUUCAUACACCCUAGAGUAGAAAACUACGCUGCCUGUUAGGCCUUAACAUGGCAGCACAAAGCACAGCAGAGCAGAAAUUUUUCUAAACUUUGUUCUGGAGAGCUUUGUGUCAAGUAUGGGCUAGGUUGUACUACAGGAGCCUAGCAAAAGCUGGAAGAAACUUUGGCCCUGGGAGGAUGAGGGAGUUUGCAUGCAAAGGCUGAGACCUGUUCUUGGGUACUGGAGAAGCCCCAUGACCUCAGGUGGGGUGUGGAGCUUCAGCUCUGACUGUAAAUCAUGAGCAUUGCCAGGCGAUUAAAACUUACAUUUAGUAUGCCCAGUAUGUAGGAAUCACAUGCUGAUUUAAAUUCAGUAACUGAGUUUGUUUAAUUAGUGCCAGGUCUUGAAUAUCCAAGACCCACAUCAGUAUUUGCUGCUAUGCUAUAGACUUCUUAGUGGGAUCUGAAACUCCAAAGACUGUCAGAAUGUUAGUAGCCUGCCCCACUCGAGGAUAUACACGUUUUACACUGUAUUUUAUGUGCAUUAAAUGGGACUAAAUACACUAGUUUAUUUCCCCUUAUUAGACAGUGGUUGUGACUGAGAUUAACUGUUAUUUGGACACAUUCCUUUAAGUGUGUUUAAAAGUUCUCUUGACUGAUCAACUGUAAAACUUCAUUAAUCCUUGUAACCUCUUGUCUGUCUGCAAGGAUGGAUACAUAUAGCCAUUUUAAAUUCCCGAAGUUGCUUUUAGGGUUAUUCAGAAAAAGUUUAUGUGAAAAAUAUUGAGUCUUUUGUCAUGAAACAGCUGUUAGGGAGUGAAGGCCAAGCUCAGAGUCUCCAGCUUUGCUGUUGAUCCAGAAAACUGCAGUAAAGUGGAGGUAUAAGUGCAAAAGCCUGGAGAAGUUUGGAAUUAAAUAUCUUGAAUUGGACUCACAAAUUCCCAUUUCUCUUCCUUUAAAGUGAAAACAUCAGUUAAAAAAAAAAAAAAAGCUGAAAUGCAUGUAUAUUCGCUAUCACUGUUGUUUCCUUUGUAGUACUUGUGCAAUCUGAGCCAUUCCUGAAAAUGAAAGCAGUGCUGACUUCAUGCACAAGGAUGCAUUUCUAAGGCCACCAGAUUUGAUAAAACAAACUUAAAAAUAAUGACAAAGAGCUGGAUUUCAACAAUUAUCCACUUCCCCCCCCCUUAACUGUAGUGCAGAGAGAGGGUGGGCAGCAAGUACCUCCCAGAAUGCAGCCUUAGCUAGUACUUGUAUUUAUUUGCAAAGACAACCUUGAAGGGGAUAUAUGCAAUAACGUCAUUGCUACUCUGCAGAAGCACACUUCUGUAACAAUAGAUGAAAAACACUUAUGGCACAACUGUUGACUGAUAGCUGGAAAGCUCCACAUCCUCCUGCUCAGCCUAAAGUGUCAGCUGUUCUCCGGUGAUCACGGCUGUGAUAGAUGAGCAUUCUUCUGCAGUGUUGAAACUGGUAACACCUAUCACUUUUUGUCAUCAAAGCACAUUUGUUAAUGGAUCCAGUCAACUUGCCGUGUUUUUUUUAACACACCAGUUUUGUUUACAGUGUCACAUAUAGCCUGACACUUUGAUACAGCCAGGGAUGUCUGGUAACCAAUUGCUUUUAUUUGGGGAUAAGGAGUUACUGGUCACCCAAUAUGCUGUGCCAAUAUAUGCAUCUAGGUAAGCAGAGGUGUGCGACACAGGAACAGAUACACCAACAAGGAAAGUGCCUUGAUGCUGGAUUGGAUGGCUAGUGAAUGGUGAAUGUAAACGUUAAGUUAAAUUUUACUAUGUACUUUAAGUAUGGCUGAUUAAGCUAGUGGUAAUUUGAAUGCCAGCUUUAAAGGGCUUGCGUACUCCAGCCAGAGGUUAAACUUGUAAAUUGCUGCAUAAGCUGUCUCUGUAUGGAAAUGUGUUUUAAUACUAGUUCACUGUCUUUGUUCUUUUGCAAGCUGCAUGCAUAUUGUCAUAUAAAAUCUGCUUUUUACAAUUUAUUUUAUGGUCAGUUUUGAGUGUCUUCUUCUUUGUUACCUGACUGAGCCUGAAUAUUGCAUUUCUGUAGUACAUAAUACACAGAAAGAAAACAAAACAAAAUUCCAUACGUA